AUGGCUUCACUGCUCAUGAAACCUACAGUAACCAAAAGAAGAGAUGAGGUGUAUGUUGCAGCAGUGCCUCUAAGAGCCACAAAAGGGCCUGCCCAGCUUCUUGCCUCUUCUGCUUACUCUCUCAAUCUCUGGGAUUUGCAGCAUUUCAUGGUUAUAGUUAAACCCUCCUCACCUCCACCUCAUUCUCAGGCCUUGGUUUUUGAUUUUCAACCAAAAGAUCCUGAAAACAUAUUUGCAGCCCUUGCAGUUCUAUCUGGAAAAGCAAUACCAGGAGUUGUUCUCAUGAGGAAGUUGUCAAAACUCCCCAGAAGCAAAUGCUGGUUUGUUGGGUCUCCCAAAGCAGGUGCCUUAGAUAUGGCACUUGAAUUCAACGAAGUCUGGGACACUAAUUUGAGGGUUGGCCAUCACGAUUGUCGAGAUUAUACCAAUGGCUUGGUGAAGUACCUCACAGGUGAAGGGUACAUCCUGGAGCGUUUGAGAAGUAGUGUGUGA